AUCAGAGUGGGAGAGACUGUGUGGUCAGCUGUUAGUGGAGGAAAGCUUCUAUGCCUCAGGAAGAGCAGUCACCUGGGAUGGACACUCGACCAGGUGAAGAACCCUUAGAUAAGCAAAAUGAAAAACAGAAAAAGGAGGAAGAGGAGAUGGAGUUUAAGGAACUGGAAGGGCUGAGGGAAGCCUUGGCAAACCUGAGGGGGCUGUCCGAGGAGGAGAAGGGUGAGAAGGCAAUGCUUUGCUCCCGUAUCCAAGAGCAGUCCCAGCUCAUCUGCAUUCUGAAGCGGAGGGCCGAUGAGGCCCUGGAACGCUGCCAGAUCCUGGAGCUGCUCAAUUCAGAGCUGGAGGAGAAGAGGAUGCAGGAGGCACAAAAGUUGAAAGCCCAAAGUGAGCAUGCCCUGAAACUGGAGGACCGUUUCAGGACCUUGGCAGCCAACCACGAGUUGAUGAUCCGCUUUAAGGAUGAAUACAAGAGUCAGAACAUCAAGCUGAAGGAAGACAAUGAGAAGCUGAAACUGGAGAACAGCAAUCUCUUCAGCCAGGCUCUGAAGGACAAGGAGGCCAAAGUAUUGCAGCUGACCACUAAGAGCGAGGCCCUCACCAAGGAGCUGGAGGCUCUGAAAGAGAGGUGUGCUCAGGAUGCCUGCCAGGCACAGGCCCGAGAAAAGGAGCUGUUGGAGCUACAGAGCCAGCAGGAUUGCGCCCACAACAAGGAGACAGAGCAGCUGCGCAGCCAGCUGCAGAGCCUCCAGCAGCAGUACCAAGAGGCCAUUGAACAGAUGGCAAAGGCCCAGGAGACACACAGCAGCCUGAGUCAGGAGCUGCAGGACAGGCUGCAAACCAUCACUCAAGAGAAAGAGGAGCUUCUGCAGCUGUCCAUGGAGAGGGGCAAGGUGCUUCAGAACAAACAGGCAGAGAUCCGGCAGCUUGAGGAGAAGUUGGAGGCAGCAGAUACGGCUAGGAGGCAUGCGCUAGAGCGCUUUGAGCAAGAGGCAGUGGCUGUAGACAGCAACUUGAGAGUCCGGGAACUUCAGCGCAGAGUGGAUGGGAUCCAAAAGGCCUAUGAUGAACUCAAGCUUCAGUCAGAAGCCUUCAAAAAGCACAGCCUGGAUCUUUUAAGCAAGGAGAGAGAACUCAAUGCCAAACUCCGCCAUCUCUUUCCAUAAGGAAGCUUCUGCUGCUUCUUGUCUUCGAUUAAUAAUUUAAAUAUUUGUGCCUUAACAUUAUGGCAAGAGCAAAGAUGAUACUCCAUUUAUUAUACUUUCAAGCACAAAAGGCAAUUUAAAGAAAACCCGCUUGACUAU